CAAAAAGUGCCUUAUUUAGUAAAACAAAAAGUUCAUCUAUGUACAUACCCGUUUGUUACAGAGCAACCGAACCAUGGAUGUUCCAUUUAAGGAUACUCCACCCCUUAAAAUGAAUAUAAAUUACCUCUCUUUUUUUUUAUUCGAAAAACAAAACUAUAAAUCAAAUCUUUUCUUUACUUUCUUCCCUUUUCUUUCUUCCUUUCUUUUUUAAACUUCAAUGAAUAAAUUCUACCUUGCUCUCUACAUUGCCAUCUUGUUAAACGCUCUGCUGAUCUUUGCAAGAGAAAGCCCUCAAAAUGACAAGAAAAUAACAGUUCAACGACGAAAGCGUGGCUUGUCCCGCCGAGCAACGACAAUAUGUCCUUAUUUUGGUUGCUAAAUUGUAUGGCUCUCAUUUAUAAACUACUGUCUUUUUUCUCCUGUCUCUCUCUCUCUGUCUCUUUGUGGAGACUUCAUUAUGAAUAAAUCCAUUUUUGUAUCAUUUAUAAAUAAACAUUGUCGUCAGGUACACACAAGUACAUCUACUUUUUUUUUGUUCUAUAUUUAAACCCUAUUCAAUGUAUUGUUCCAUGGAAAUGUCCUAGUACUAUUUUAAGCUAUGGGCAAAAUCCAGAUCAUGACCCACAGCCUUCUGGGAAAAAAGGAGAAUAAAGGAAACGACAGUAAGACGAUAAAGGAGAACGAGUUUUUUUUUUUGUGAACACUAAGAAAAAAAGUCUAAUUGAUUCAGGAUGCACUGUACCAUGUAUCAUAGUACAAACCCAAAUAGUCAUUUGAAAGAUUCUUGAAGAGA